GCCGUUGUCGAGGUUACUCCGCGGCUCGCGCGCACCCAAAAAUCAUCUGAGAGAGAUCUAAAAGACUGAAUUUUCUAUUAAACAUGGACUUGUGAAGAUUGUGAUUGUAUCGAUCUGUGCUAAAAACUGUGUAUUUUAAUUAUAGUAUUAAAUUUUCAUUCAAAAAUGUGGGGAGAGAGCAGCAAGAACUGUGAAAACAACUGCCAAUGUUCGGGGUUGAUCACUGACAGUUUCAAGAUCAACUCCGGCAACAGCGCAACAAAACGCAAACGGGAGGAUGCUGUCACACAAAACUAUAAGAUUAAAAUGAACCCGCACUCGCUGAACUUCAACAAAUCACCCUCACCGAUAGCCACACCAUCAAAGCGCAGAAUACUAGGAGAAAUACAGAACGUGAGCUCACCUAUAUUCAGACCAAAAGACUCACCGACUAUAGAAAGGCUGAAGAAUUCCCCAUUGAUCGACAGGAACUCAUCACCGUUGACAAGUAAAUCGUAUAGACGGUCGACUACUAAGAUCACGAGGAUAUUUGAGGAACGGACAAAGUUCAAGAUGAAUAAAGAAAACGAGUCGUUCAUAAGUGAGACAUUUGUUAAGUUGGAUGUGGAGGAAGAGACAAGGGAUUGCUCGUUCGGUGAGAGUUUCCAGUCGACUAAAACCAGCAACUGGUCAAUGACAAAGCUGGACUUCACCGACUCACUACCUCCAAAACAAGAAUCAAAGAUGGCCAAAGAGGACAUCUACGUACCAGAAAAAGAAAUGGACCUAGACCAAGAUCAAGAAACAUUACACGAUUUAGAGGUAGAAUUUGACAAUGACAACUUUGACAAUUGCACAAAAUACGAAAUUAUAUCGACAGACAGUCCCAAUAUUAUAUCUAGAGGUAGACCUUCUACUUCAAGGAAAGUAAACUCCAGAAAUUUUGUCUUCGGUGCACCAAUAUCUGACACCGAACAGUCAACUUCGUUUAACCGGCCAACUGUAACUGCUACAAGAAUGCUGAAUUUUGAAGAUGAAAACUUUGAAUUCACCUCACCACCUGCUAAAAAAGUUACAGCGAACAAUCUCUCCGUUAAGAAGUCUCUAAAAUUCACAGAAACACCAACUAAAAAUCCAUUGAGGCACGAACGAAGUGAUUCCAGUAUUGGUUCAAUGAGUUCGUUUUCUUCCCCCGCUUCAAGUCGAUCGAGAAUGUUGACAUUAGAAUCGCAGACUUCGAUGGAAAGCGGUUUCAUUAGCGAAUUAGAAGAACCUUUCUUAGAAUUGGAGGAGCCCUCAAACUCACCUAAAAUGGCAAACUUCAACGACUUACUGUCCGGACCAAUAAAAGACAAUAUUUUAACGGACAAAACGUUUGGGAAGCCAUCGUUCCACAGGAGUAUGAGUUUUAACCCGGACAGCUGUAAAGCUAGGGUUUCUUUAUUUUCUAUUCUGGAAAACCCGGAGAAGAAAACCCAAAAAAGAGUGGAGAGAAGCGAAGAAGAUGUUACGGUUAAUAAGAGAAGAAAACAGGAGAUUUCUAACCCGAUCAUGGAAAGAGUCCAAAGGCCGGUGUUGCAAAGAGCUUUCUCUGAAAAUAAUGCUAGCAUAAUGUCAGCUUUGGCGAGAUCUGCGGUGGAACCGGAUCUCAUUGGAGAUUUCUCUCAACCAUUCUUGCUGCCUCUAACUGCAGGACAUCAUCCAGAUCUGCGCAGCAUUUCCUGCGAUACUCUAGCCAAUCUGCUCAACGGAAUAUACAGGGGACAUGUGGAAAACUAUAAAGUAAUAGAUUGCCGUUAUCCAUACGAAUUCGACGGCGGACAUAUUAAGGAAGCGAUUAAUUUAUACACUCCGGCCCAAGUGCAGGCUUUAGUGUCCGACCCGAGAAUCGAAUGCGGGACCAAGAGGAACAUACUGGUGUUCCACUGCGAAUUCUCAUUGGAGAGAGGGCCUAAAUUAUCUCGCUUCCUCCGUUCUUCGGACCGAGCCAAAAACAAGGAGAACUACCCUUCACUCCAUUACCCUGAAGUAUAUUUAUUACACGAGGGUUACCACGCUUUCUAUAAGAAAUACCCCAAUCUUUGCUCCCCAGCGGGUUAUACCGCAAUGUUGGAUCCGAAACAUAAGGAUUCGUUGAAGAAACAUAGAUCUGUAUCGCAGCCAGCUUCGUCGAUACACCAUAGGAGGCAUAGACUAUUGCUCUAAGUAAUUAAAUAUCAUAAGAGAGAAAAGACCACGAAGUUUUCUAUAAAAAGCCGAUUUUCUUAGUUAAUGUUGAAAAAGAGCUUCGAAAAAUACGCGGUCUACUGGAAAGACCACGGUCUUUUCAAAAGACCAGGCUCAUGAGACAAAAGACCACGAAGUUUUCUAUAAAAAGACGAUUUGCUUAGUUAAUGUUUAGAAAGAGCUUCGAAAAAUACGUGGUCUACUGGAAAGACCACGGUCUUUUCAAAAGACCAG